AUGAACUUGGUUCCAACGUUAGCGAUCAACACUUACGAAAUUACCAUGAAAUCAGUGUUCAAGGAAUCUGGAUCCCUUGCUGCACGCUGUCGAGUGCCUUCUCCUACCCGGACCCAGAACAGACGCAGAGUACCAUCAAGCACCCCAGAACCCCAAGCAACAAGAACACAGUCCACUGCAAACCAUGAUGAUGAUGACUCCGAGAUAGAAGUGUUCGGACCAUUCGAAAUCGAGGACCCUUUACUCAAAGGAUCAGUCCCAAAGUCACGAAAGCGGCGGGCAUGUGGCACAGAGCCUCUCGGUGCAUCCAGCUCCAGUGCUCUGAGGGUGGCGGGAUCAGCGACUCACGCCGAGAACUUGCACCCGUUCUUCACAAAAUACCUCAAAAUACCAAGUGUGAAAUCUCGGCCGUUGACCACGCUUGUGGAUUCAAUGCAGGGCUUAUCACUGGAGGGUGAAAGCUUAGCAUCGCGACGACCAACGUCUUCGGCUUCGACAUCUUCUCCGAGGCUCUCCGCACAGUUGAUACCCCAUCCUGCUGUACCGUCGAAAAAGGCUGAAGCUCAACCUGAGGAGGAUACAGAAGACCAGCAUGAGUUGUACUCGUAUACGCUGUAUGAACCGGCUCCUGCGCGUGUGUACGUUACCAAUGAGGACGAGGCCAAUGACUUAGUCGGUAUGCUUCAAGGACCCAUUGGUUUCGACAUGGAAUGGCGCGUCUUUUAUACUCGGUCGUCGUCUGGUCCGAUGAAGGUCACUACGUGUCGGACAGCCACUGUUCAAGUUUGCGACGAACGAAUGAUCCUCGUAAUCCAAGUACACCGAAUGCAGCGGUUUCCCCAAAAAUUGCAGGAACUCAUUGAGUCCAAGACAAUUGUCAAGAUGGGGGCGAAUAUUUUGAAUGAUGGCGCAAAACUUUUCAGUGACUAUGGGGUCGCAGGCCAAAAUCUUGUAGAGUUAGGUGCACUGGCUCGGCAGGCUGAUCCGGACGCAGCAAAACUAUUCAUCACGAAGCGUGGUACGGUCCGUAACUCCACGGCCGGGAUCGCCUCUUUGGCAAAGGUCGUUGCUAAGUACUGUGGUAAGAUUCUUGAGAAACCCAAAGAACGGACGAGCAACUGGGAGGCGCCGUUGACCGAGCGACAACUCUCUUACGCAGCAAACGAUGCCCAUUCCGCUUUGAUGGCUUACUUGAAGAUAUUAGAGAUCGCGAAGCAGCAUGACCGGGCGUUGACGCCUUCGGGAUACACCAAACACGUCGGUUCUGCUCUAAGUGGUCUUCCAUCUGAAGACGAAGGAUUAGAUGACGAAGAAACUAGCCAAGGGAAGGAUAAAGGGACGGAAGAUCAUUCAAUUGUCCCUUCGGUGGACACCAAGGCAACUAAAACAGAUGUGGCGCCGGUGAUUAUACCGCUCACUCACACUGGUAUGCGUUCGCAGUAUUGGCGGGCGUAUCGAAUGUGGCAUGGCAAGGGUACAUCGUUGGAGGAUAUGUGCAAGACAUUAAGCAUAGAGGGCCCGCCGUUGAAACGGACGACCGUCAUAUCGUAUGUGAUCGGCGCCCUGCAAGCUGACACUACGCUCCCCUUCGACAUGAGGAAGCUCAGGGAAAUAGUUCAGACGGAAACGAAGUCAUGGUCGUAUUAUAAACCGUGGCUUCUCCAAGUAGGUCGUGAAGGGCGGGGAGUUGCCGGGGCCACGGCUGCGAAGCGAGAGUAG